AUGGCUGCACGCAUGCCCCUCCUCUCGGGGCGAUUCGUCGCUUCUCGCCUGUCCCCUCGAGCUUCAUCCUCCCUGUCCCUGCCGACUCGCCCGUCCCUGGCUAUCCCGCGCGGUUUUCGUACAGCUCAACGCGGCCGUCAAUACUCGUCUCAGCCACCGAAGCGCAACGACGCUGUCAAGUUCUGGCCUUUUCUUGUCGUCAUCGCUGUAGGCUCUCUCGGCUACGUGGGUCUUGUCAACCGCCGUAAAGACAUGCCUACGCAACCUCAACUCGAAGCCCCCGCGGCCCCCGCUGGACAGCUUGCCGAGCCCACAAAGUCCACUCCCACUUUCAAGCCUGAGGAUGUGACUGUCAUCUUUGUCCUCGGCGGUCCUGGCGCCGGCAAGGGAACUCAGUGCUCGAAGCUCGUCGAGGAGCACGGCUUCACUCACCUUUCCGCCGGCGAUCUUCUCCGCGCCGAGCAGCAGCGCCCCGGCUCCCAGUUCGGAGAGCUGAUCAAGGACUACAUCAAGAACGGCCUUAUCGUCCCUAUGGAGGUCACUAUUGCGCUUCUCGAGAACGCCAUGACCGAGGUCAUCCAAAAGUCCGGCGACAAGAAGGGCCGCUUCCUGAUCGAUGGCUUCCCCCGCAAGAUGGACCAGGCUGUCAAGUUCGAGGAGACUGUCUGCCCCGCCAAGCUUGUCCUCUUCUUUGACUGCCCUGAGGAUGUCAUGGAGAAGCGUCUGCUUGAGCGCGGCAAGACCAGCGGCCGAUCAGACGACAACGCCGAGAGCAUCCGCAAGCGAUUCCGCACCUUUAUCGAGACCAGCAUGCCCGUCGUCGACCACUUUGAGAAGGAGGGCAAGGUGGUCAAGCUGGACGCCACUCCCACACCCAACGAGGUCUUUGCCACCACUCAAAAGGUCCUCAGCCAGCGGCUGGGUCCCAGCUUUUGA